GUUUCAGGCUCGGGGAGGAUCGGGGAGCGCUCGCUCCUCGGUGGAAAUCUGAAGAAUAACAGGGAGUUUAAAGUCCCCGACGUGCCAACCUGCAGCAAACACCAGCAGCAGACAUGGACUUCAGCGGCACCUGGAAGGUUUAUUCUGAGGACAACCUGGAGGACUUCCUGAAAGUCGUCGGGGCUCCUGAGAAGAUUGUGAAAAUGCGUAAAGACGUGAAACCGGUGAUCGUGAUCGAGCAGAAGGGCAAAGACUUCACGUACACGAUGAAGACUCCYUUCUUCAGCAGGGUCAACUCCUUCACCGUCGGCAAGGAGUCUGAGAUCUCCUUCAUGGACGGCAGGAAGCUGAAGUGCACGGUCAGGGAGGAGGGCGGGAAGCUGAUCUGUGAGACCGACAGGUUCACCUCGGUCCGAGAGGUCCAAGGAGACGAAAUGAUCGAGGUGAGCAGCUUCUCGUCAGCAGCUUUGAUUAUUCUUCUGCUAAUUAUCUGUUUUCUUCCUGCAGACGACCACGGCUGGUUCUGUAACCUUCAUCAGCCGGAGCAAACGGGUCUGAUCAGAACCAGGAGGCUCCUGAGGCCCUCUCUGAGCACAGGGGCCUCGUGGGAUUUAUUUAUCAUGAAACCUAAUAAAGAAAUAAACUAAAUAAAUAACAUUUUAUGAUUCAA